ACUAACUCAACAUUUCCGAAGUACAAGUUUUGUACAUGUAAAGUAUUCCUGAGUAAGGAAGGGAAAUUAGCCGUUUAAUGACCCUGAAGUUUUUCAAUUUUAAAAAUUGGCAAAAAUAUGAAGUAUUGUCCUUUGUUCAUGAUAGCAGCCCUGGUGGCUCUCGAAUUAGCAAAGGCUUCUUCUGUAAAAAGACCAAAAUGCAACAAUAAGAUUGACCUAGCAAUUGUUAUCGACGCUUCUGCAAGCAUGGGCGAGGAAAACUUUGCAAAGUCAAAAGCUUUUGCCAGAGACUUGCUGAGCCAUUUUGACAUUUCUGAAGAAGCUACUCACGUAUCUUUGAGCUAUUUUUCUUUUUACACUCACCUUGUCACGGCAUUUGAUGAUGAGGACUCUAGUGUUGCCACCAUGUAUAAAGAAUUAAAGAAAAUGAGAUAUGAGGGCUCAUUCACAAACCUGGCGAAAACUGCGACCGGGCUUCGUUACAAAGURUUCAGCAAGGAUCGAGGAGCAAGGAAAGGACAAAAAGAUUCCAAAAUGGUGGCAGUUUUUCUAAGCGAUGGGUUCGAAUCGAUGGGCCCUGACGAGAUAUCAUUUUGUAUCAGCGAGUUGCACAAUUAUGGCGUUGAGACGUUUGCUGGUAUAGUUGACGGCGAAAACAGUAACGAGGGAAUCGACUCCUUAGUCAGUCCCGAGAAGAAGGAUCACAAGUUCACCAUGUACAACGACCCAAAGAAAAGAAAGAUCGAGUUAGAAAGAAUGGUCCAGUCCAUUUGUAAAAUUUAYAAUAAACCGAAAGAAACUAUAGCGGAUACUAACGAAGCUAUGGAAGACGGUGAGCAAUAGWCUCGYUGUAUUAAACGUAACGUCGUGUGUAUCUUUUUAAUUCAUCACUGAGAGCUGAUUUUACAACAUCAUUUUUUGAAGCCCGGAGAAGCACGAAAUGUUUGAACACCAUUGAAUAUGUUUUUGGGGCGGGCGCCACCAAGCAAUGUUUGAUGGAUGGUGAUCCAAAAUUUCCUGUAUGAUGCGUAGGGCUAUAUCGUCAAUAUAUCAAGUUUCAGAGACUACAGUCUAGCUAAAAAUGUAAUGAGAAAAUAUUAUACAAAACAUUCUAAGCAAGAUAAMGAAUAAUUAUCUAUGUAAGCAAGUGAAUUAAAUAUGGGAAAAUAUCUAUGAACAUGUCGGCACUAUAAUGCACGAGAGAAGUAGGGAUAUUUUUGGGGAAACAUCAGUGUAAAGAAUUUGUGUACAUAAUCUCGAUUUGCAUGGUUGAUGAGUUAUGCUGCAUAAAGAACAGAACGAUAGCUA